GGCCCUUACUCGCGUGUCCCGUUGUUUUUCAGCCUGCCACCCCGGCCAGCCUCCUCACCUAACAGAAACUUUACCGAUUCGCUUUACAGCCUUUCCCCGCGUCCUAUGCUGGACGAGAACCACCACCUGAUCCAGUGCAUCCUGGACUACCAGAGCAAGGGCAAGACGGCUGAGUGCACCCAGUACCAGCAGAUCCUGCACCGGAACCUCGUCUACCUGGCCACAAUCGCGGAUUCUAACCAGAACAUGCAGUCCCUGCUCCCCGCUCCGCCAACGCAGAACAUGAACCUGGGCCCCGGGGCGCUGUCCCAGAGCGGCUCCAGCCAGGGCCUGCACUCCCAGGGCAGCCUCAGUGACGCCAUCGGCGCGGGCCUGCCCCCGUCCUCCCUCAUGCAGGGCCAGAUCGGCAACGGUCCGAACCACGUGUCCAUGCAGCAGACGGCCCAGAGCACGCUGCCUACCACCUCCAUGAGCAUGUCGGGCAGCGGCCACGGCACGGGGCCUGGCUACAGCCACUCGGGACCCGCCUCGCAGAGCGUGCCCCUGCAGGGCCAGGGCGCCAUCGGCAACUAUGUGUCACGGGCCAAUAUCAACAUGCAGUCCAACCCAGUGUCCAUGAUGCACCAGCAGGCGGCCUCGUCGCACUACAACUCGGCGGCGCAGGGCGGGAGCCAGCACUACCAGGGCCCAUCGUCCAUGGCCAUGAUGGGCCAGAGCGGCCAGGGGGGCAGCAUGAUGGGGCAGCGGCCCCUGGCGCCCUACCGGCCCUCCCAGCAAGGCUCGUCCCAGCAGUACCUGGGCCAGGAGGAGUACUACGGCAGCGAGCAGUACGGACACAGCCAGGCCGCCUCGGAGCCCAUGGGCCAGCAGUACUACCCUGAGGGCGGACCCCUGACCCCCGCCCCCCGAGCAGGGAGGCUGCCUGCGUCUCGAGGGAACGGAGGCCGGGAGGUGGCAGGAAGCUCCUUUACGGACUCAGCACGCGGGGAAAACGGAUCAGGACACGGAGACUACGCCUACCCGCAGUCGUACACGGAGCAGAGCUACGACCGGUCCUUCGAGGAGUCCACGCAGCACUACUACGAGGGCGGGAACGCGCAGUACAGCCAGCAGCAAGCCGGCUACCAGCAGCCGUACCCCAACCAGCAGAGCUACCCCGGGCAGCAGCCAGGCUACGGGCCCGCCCAGGGAGCCGCCUCGCAGUACCCCGGCUACCAGCAGGGACAGGGCCAGCAGUACGGGGGCUACAGAGCGUCUCAGACGGGCCCGUCCGCCCAGCAGCAGCGGCCUUACGCCUACGAGCAGGGCCAGUACGGAAACUACCAGCAGUAGGGACGGGCGCCCUUGGUAGAGCCUGGCGGUGGCGUGGCCCCUGGGGACGGUUGGGCCGGCGGCGGCUCUCAUGAACUCUGACCUCGUGACUGCCCCUCCGCCCCACGCAGCGUCUGCAUGUGAAGCGUACACAUUUGGCACUGGGCACGAUGCCAGGCGUGCACCGCUGGCGAGAGGCGGCGCUUUGGUGGUGUGACAUAUUCGGUGCUGUGUAUAGUAUUGUACGUCCAUACGACGGGAGGUUGUCUGGUGCUUGUCCCCCCACCCCCGCCCUUGAUGUUUCUAGCUAGCUUUAGGGGUCCUCUUGUCACCCCAGUGUUCUGUGCCCAGGGAUGGGACCCGUCUACAAGAUGCCAUAGUCCGUGUGUUCGUAUACGCAGGCCUCAGGGCUGCCUCUCCUCACCGCAGCUGGACACGCACGCACAGCCCCUGGAUGGCAGCCUCUCCCCGCGCCUCGGUGGCGGGGAGGGCAUCUUCGGUGUCUUGGGUCAGUUUGUGGUACACAGCGGAAAGGAUAAACAUGCUUCAUUUGGGGAGGCUGUGAAUGGUCCUUCGCAGAACUCGUGCGUGACCUGCGUCUCUCGCCAACUGUGUUUAUCCAAAAUGUUUUCUGUUUUUGUAUAAAGAGGAAAGAGGGAUCAACGAGAAUGUUCCAAACAAACGUACGAUUAGCCUGACCAGGGAAGGAAAGAGGGUCGUUCUUUGAAAUGCCUGGCCUUGGCCCUUACCUAUCUGAUGGUCAGUUUUGGGAUUUGGAUAUUUGAUAUUGCCCAGUUCUGAACUGAGAAUUUAAAAUAUUUGUACCAAAUUUUCCAAACACUUGGCAAGUAUUUUGUUCUAUAUUAAUUCUUCCAGGACUUAUUCAGAUCACAUCUUAUUUUUAAGACGAAUUUUACUGUGUUCUUCCUAAGGAAAAAGGAGGUUUCAUAUAAGGAAAUUUGAGUAAAUAUUACAUUCCUAGGACAUCAGAUUCUGUUUAAGUUCUCCUCAACCAUUAAAGACAACUCACUUGGAAAAGCGCAGUAAGAGGAAAACCUGUUUCGCUAAUCAGUCAUAUAAACAUAUCAACUUUUACCUGGAUAAUAGAGUCCACGUGAAUUCUUUAAAACCAUAUUUGGAUAAAUGCUGACAUACGUCCAAGAACAACCAAGAAAAUGCAAAAAAUAUCCAAUUCUUGAUAUAUCAGAUCUAUUGAAAAUGGUGUUUUUAAAUCGAUGAGUUUUGUGUUUUAGAAGUCUGAAAUAGUUCUUCACCUAGAGUUGUUGAAUGGUUUACAGUUUACAAGGCGUUUUAUGCUGUUUUUGUUUUGUUUUCUUUUGUUUUGUUACUUGAAUGAAUCUUGACAGUCCACACUGGGAAAUACGGAGGCAAUUACUGUUCCAUUUUACAGGUGAAGAAGCGAGGCCCAGAUUAAAGAUUGCCCCAGACGAGUACCAGUCCUGUUCUGGCAUAUUUUCCCUCUUCUGUGGGGACAGAAUCAUACGUACAUUGGGAUGGGAGUGUCUGUUCUAUAGGCAUAUGGGUUUUAAAAACUCUUAACGCUGGUAAGGGCUUAAAAAUACGUAUUAUAUGAAAUUACUGAAAGAGUUCUUAAUUGCUAAAUGACACAGACAUUAGCAAUUUCGUUUGGGGGGGGUGUGCCUCCCUCGAUUUCGUUCUGUUCUUUCCUGACAGUUUUCAUAGAACUAAUUUGCAAACUCAAUCGGGAACUAAAAUUUCCCACUGAAAAUGUUAAACAUUUUAGGUAACUGUGAAAGUAGUUUUAUUUUUAUUCCUUGCCAAUCUGCGAAUAUGCCUGUUAUGUGUGUGUGUUUUUUUAAGUGCUGUAUUAAUACUUUUUGAAAGAAAAGGACACUUAAACUUCUCCCAGAACUUCAAUCUGAAAUGUCUUACAUUAAGAAUUUCUUGAAUGUUGUGUAUAUAUUUUAAAAAGCACUUUGUGAAAUAGUUUGUACAUUUAUUUCCUAAUUUAUACAUGAUUUUUGGUAUUAAUAUAUUUAAUGAUUAAUAACAGAAUGUUUAUUUAAUGUGUUGUCCAUUCUCGUGCCCUUACGGGGAAACGUGGUGCCCGCAGUUCUGUUUUCAUUAAAUGUAUUCUCUUCUGUAAUAUGUUUGCAAAGCUUAGGCUAAAGUGAGUUGUUCGUGCAGUGUGGUCGACAGUGCUUUGUGUUUUAUGACUACUUCCGCAAAAGGCCAGUGACAUGCAAAGGACACUUGGAACUCGAUGCUCGCUCUUCCUCCCGGGGCCCCUGAGCCGCAGCGGGGCUCCGACCUGAGCGAUGCGCGGCGUCCGAAGCGCCGGCCCGCACGGCGCGUGCUCGACCUCCCCGCCGUUACUGCGGGCUGCUGGGGGGCCCCUCGGGUCCCCGCUGCUUCUGGGGACAGGCGGUCUGAGUGCGGGCGGCCGUUCAGAGCUGCGCGGGAGGAAGACGCUUCCGUUCCCCUUUCGAUUUGUGGAGCUGUCACUUCGUUAAUGGAACAGGUCAAAGCCGUCUUAUUUGUGAGCGCCGUACAUUUUCUGAAAAACAUCUAUCAGUUCACUUUUUUCCAGUCGGAGUUUGGCGCGUAUAAAUUGCUUAUGAUUUGGUGUAAUGUAUGAAUAAACUGGUUCUUCAAAACCA